ACAUGACCAGUAGUGAAGAUAAUAAUCCGUCGACGUCAGAGUCCCCAAAAUGGCCGAUUGGGUCAUUUUUCGACAGGCUUCAAAAUAUGUCAGAUAAUGAGACAUGGAAUAUAGUUUAUGGUGUCGAUUCAACUUCGGAAACAGAGACAAAAGGAUUUUCCUGGCGAGUUAAGGAAGAAAUCAAACUUAUUGGAUUAAAAAUUACAAAUAGUACAAAGAAUAAGACAUUCAUAGCCAAGGGAAUGGUAGAUUAUAUAUCAGAUUUUCUUCACAAAGCGACACGUAGUCUAUGCCAAUUUGAUCAUCGAUUUUUCCCAUCUGAAUGGAUAUUACCAGAAAACUGCUGUGCUCAGCAUUAUUAUUCGAGAGAACAACCCGAGGGAAAGCAUACAAUGAUUGUGGUCAUUCGAUUGUAUCAAAUUCAGAUUUGUUUAAAGCGAACCAAGGAAUCGAAAAUUGGAAGUGGCCUACCAAGAAAACUAGAGGAAGAUUCUAAUAUUUCUGAAUUCCACAAUGCUCAUAGAUUCUAUCGAAGUUUUUUGGAAGCUGCUGUUGAAUAUCUAUACGGCUAUAAUAUCAUGUGGGAAAUUGAUGGCGGAGGACGAUUGGAAGACGAAAUUAAUUGGUAUAAUCAACAUAAUCCUUCUCGCACAGUUGGUCCCAAUGAUAUGAAUGGAGAAAAUGAAAUCCCAGCAGAUAAAUCUUCUAGAAUGGGUAAAAGAUCUUCGAAAAUUCCAAAAAUCAAAAAGUCUAAAAAGUCAAAGCAUCACAAGAAGAAGAAAAGAAAGAGUAGGAGUGAAGAUACUUCUGGCAACAGUUCACCUACCGUAAUCGCAACAGAUGGCUCUUCUCCCGAGUCAGAGGAUCUUUCUGUGUUUCAACUGCUUAAAAAGAUCGGAACAACUGUCAACUUUCAACAGAUUAAGCAAGCUAUGGAGGUUGUACAACAAGGAAGAAAGAGACUCUCUGAGAAUGAUCCAAUUUCUGAAGAUGACUCAAAACGAUUACGCACUCAAAAAUCUGCUUUUUGCAUUAGAUCAACGAUUCCUUGUGAUCCAAGACUUGAAUCUAAAACAUAUCUCGAAAUGUUAGAAAACGAGAGGAUUAAAGAAGCAGCUAGAAAACGGUCGAAAAGCGUCGAUGAUAUUGAGCAUGUGGCAGAUACUGUUACUGAUUCGUCAAUUGAACUUGAAAUCGAACGAAUUCAAACAUUUGAAGAAGAGCCUCGUCCAAUCUCAAUUUUCAACAAUCCACGAUUGAACUCUGGAGAUGAAGAUUCUACUAGAAAUUCACCUUCCAGUGUUAUUUCUCCACCAACUUCCGUUUUUACAAUGUCCCCAAUUCAUGAAGCACACUCUCAGGUUACAUACGACAGUAUUGCUCCACUGGAAAGUCCUGCUAUCGACUCUGAUGACGAUUUUGACUUUUUCCCAUCUUUGGUCGAGACAAGCUCGCGACCAGCGUCUUCCGAAUUGAAAGACACGGAAGAGUGCUUGGACAAUUCUCAGAGCAUGGAAAAAUAUGGAUAUAUUGAUUCUGAAAAUAAUUAUCUUGAAAUGGAACAAGAAGAUACAUCGAAUUCAGAAGAAGAUCAGCUCGAAAUUGCUGAUUCACCAUCUUCUACAAUCUCAUCUGCACAUGGAAGUUAUGAUACAGAUCUUAUCGAUAUAGAGGACAGCUCAGCUCAUGAAACGAUCCUACCAGAUCAGGAAAAAGAAGAAGAUGCUGAAAUAAUUUCAACCACUCAAAACUUUAGUCAAGUCCUUCAUGUUGCUGAGACUACAACACCAGAUCACGUUGAAGAAGUUUCUUUGAAGGCUACAAACAAUGUACCGGAACGAGCUCCAUUCACUAUGUACUCUACAAAGAAUCAGUUAGAACAUCUCUCAACUCCCGAAUACCCAACUGCAAGACGGAUUUCUCUUCAAUUCAAGCCACUGAAGAUUUCGAAUCAAAAACCUGAUAUUUUCAAACAGUAUCACUUGCCAACAAUGAAAGAACUUGAGCAUCUUCCGAAGCAGUUGCGGUAUAUGAGUAGAUCAAAUAAAACUGAUAACAGAUAUUGGUUUGAUGUCGGUACUGUGAAGAAUGACUUUAAACGGAAACUUUUCGGAGACUAUUACCGCGAUUGGAUGCGUUCCGGCCAUUUUAUGAGACAUAAAGUGAAUAGUGUAUGUUCACAAUUGGAUGCAAAUUGUCCUUACUUCAUUCUAAAGGAAGAAACAAGAGAUAGCCCAGCACUGAUGCUCCAAAUUGAAGAACUUCGCGAUAAGCCUAUUCCACUGGAACUACUGAGCAAAAUGGUUUGCAUCAGAAUGAAUGCCAGAUUUUUUAUCGAUUAUUUCGACCAAGUUUCUUGUUUAACUCCAGCCUGCUGGGCCAACAUAGAUUUAAAUAAACUUGGCGACUUCACAAGUUCUGAUGACGAAGUUGCAGACAUUGGAAAAAGCUUUCUUGCAACAUUAUCCGAUCUUCCAGAUAUGCCAACUGAAGUGGUUAUGACUAUUAAGAAGAACUCCCACAUUUUAUACAAAAAAAUUAUGAGUGACUUAGUGAGAACCAUGUUCAUUUUGAAAUUGGAUAGUGAUGGCAAACCACAUUUCUUCUAUGAUGGUGCAUUUGACAUAAAGCCGAAGGUUAGACGAUCUCCACCAUCUCCAUCAAAUAGUGAGAUCUCAUUGUAAUUUCUAUAUAAUUUAUUCAUAACUUUAUGCAUUUUCUUCUGUUUUUUGUUGCAAUUUCUUUCCCUUCCACCGGUUCGCUUCCCUGUUUCUAUGAUCCUCCCUUACCCUUGAAUAAUCUCCUUUCAAUGUUUUUCUUGUUUUUGUUUUACUUGUGUUUUGAUUUUUGAGCUCAAAGUUUUCAAAUGUAAAUAUUUAUA